CAAGUUUUCAAUAAGUACGUUUAGUCUCAAUAAGGCUAGUCUACGGCAAUGAAGCUUCUCUAAUGUUGAUUCUGAAUCUGGCUAAAUCAUGCUUGGUUCGAAGUCCUCCAGACAGAAAGAGACUCCUUCGGCUAUCUUAUAAGUGAGUAUGGCAUUCGGUCACGGUACAAGCAACAGAAGGUAAGAGGAAGGCUGAGCUAUAAGUAAGCAGCUACUCCAUGGUGGAUCAGGACGAGAAUGAAUCCGGGAAUCAAGGGCGAGUGAGAGCUAGAGACCUCCCUUUAAAUGAAGUCCAUUCGGCCCCAUCUUGAUUCAUCCAAAACUGGGGACUAAAGACUACACCCCCGGGGGAACAGAGGGGACAACUCUUCUUCUCUCCCUUAGGGUGGGUGGCUUUCUUUCACUUCAACUAGGGGACAGGCACCGGGGUUUAUUAGUAAUCGACCAUUUUUACUUCCUUAGAGGAGAAGCCAAUGAAUUGUGUGAUUUGACUGUUCUCGGUAAAGUGGUUAAACAGCUAGUGGCGUGUACCAAAGGUUAUCUUGUGCGUCUGUUCGCAGGAGAUGAAAAAGGCUUUGAUUGUGUAAUAGCUUCGUGCUUAGGUCCCUACUUCAUUUUGUUUGAUAAAUGAAAAUAGUGUCCAUUGAUACCAACUAGUUAUAGAGUGACCGUUUACACACCUUCUCGGGCCAGUGUAGUGGAUCUUUCCCAUUAUGACAGUGAAACGAUCAAAAGAUGCCGAUUAGAAAGGCAAGGCCGAAGCUUGACUAAUGAGGGCUAGUCUUGCUUCUCCAGCUCCACCAGAGCAUUUCAAAAGAGCGCUCGGGAAUAAAGCCUAAUCAAAGCGGGCAAAGAGAAAGAUCGUGUAACUUGACAGGUGCAGCCACGACGGCUUGUUCCUCAACCGCAGUAGCUCUUGUUCUUCUUCCUUCUCAGAGGUCGAUUCAGCAGCUUCAGUGACCUCCAUGGUUAGUCUUUGUAUUGCAGGUUCUAAUCCUGAGAUGGAUUCUUGUGGGCCAGCCUCCGGAGGGAUAGCUUCGCUCCUGGGUUCCAGGGAUGGCUCCAUCUCGGUUGUGGAUCUAAUCAGCUCCAUCAGACCGCCUGCCUCCACAGUGAAGCUUCCGGCCACUGCUUCCACAGCAGGACAGGAGUAGAAGUGAGUGCUUCAGGUGGAGUUGCUUCGACGCUCUCAACCUGGUUUGGAUCGUUUGACUAUGGCUCCGCGUUCUUGACAAUCAUAAGCUCGAUCACGAGGGUCCAAAUCAGGGUCUCCAUCUCGCCUUAUUAAAUAAGUCCGGGCAAAUCUACAUUUUCAGAAGUGUUAGGUAUAGCUCAGGAGAUGGGAUUGGAUCCGGAAUUAGAAUUGGCUCUGCAUCAUCUGGAACUAAAUAAGCUUCGGGGUCUUGAUUGAAAUUAGAAUCUGCAUAUGGAAUUAGAACCGGGCUACCCCAUGAUCGUGAUUGGAUCAGAAUUAGGUUGUGAUAAACCACGCCUUAUGACGAAAGGGGAGCAUUACGUCCGAUCAAGACACCAGUCUGCCCUCUAAUCUAAUGGAGGGUGCUAUGGAAGAAAUUAGGCACUGAACUGAGGUUUAGCAGUGCAACUCACUCAGGACGGCCAGACUCCAGUCGUCGGUUUACUGGAAGACUUGCUGAGGAGCUUAGUGCAAGGGAGACCGAGCAAGUGGGAAUAAGUUCUUCCAACUGCAGAGUUUUCCUAUAAAAACGAUGUGAAUCGGCCUAUGUUAAGUAAGGGGGGAAGUCACCAUUCGAAGUGGUGUAUGGUAAGAGGACUAAGAAUAAGGGGGAAGCGCAGCGAUCAAAGCUUUGGUUUAGGGCCCACCUAGGUUUGGUUUAAACGAAAGAAGAGAUCUUUCUAGCGAUUCAGUUACUAGAGGGUUCCAAACCUAGCCUUCCAAUAUGAGAGCGAGACAAGCAAGCACGAAAAUAAAAGCUUCUAUAAUAUAAAUACGGAUACGCCCAAUACAUCGAAACUCAUUGCCCAUGGAUAAAGACCGUUUCGACAUCAAAAACAACAAAAACUAAAGCAGUAAUAGCGGAUUCGGAAUUGUAACCAAGCAUCCCCAUUGGUUCUAUACCCGAUUCAUAACUAGAGCAUGCAGCCGAUAAUGGAGACAGAUAUAUAGAAAGUGUGCAGUGAUGGAUCUUUAUAGGUAGCCAGUCUUUACAACACUCGGCCCAAGCGAGAACCAAGCAAGUCCAUAAGCGAAGAAGCAAGUCCUGAGCGCUAGCUGAUCUACGACCACCGUUGCUUGUUCGCGGAAGGACUUGCUUCUUUCUGGCGCGCGUCAGCGCUUAUGGAGCAAGAAAACUACUGCGCUAACGCGCCGCGCUAGCAGCAAUCAAACUACUGCGCGUGCUAACGCGCCCCAUGCAACCAAGCAACGGCUGAGCUAGCUGAUCGUAGAGCACCGUUGCCUUGACUCUGUUAGGGGCGAAGUAGUUUGAUUGCUGGAUGCGCUACCGCGCUUUACUUACUCUAAAGGGCGCGCUAGCCGUUGCUUGGUUCUGGCGCGCUAGCGCUCAGGACUUUCUUCUUCGCUGAGGGAGUGGAUUCUUUGCUCCCAUGCCUUUCUUGGUCGGACCAACCCAACCGGCGAUUUCCGACAAGUCUUUCUGAAUUUUUAGAGCAUGAAGCGGAACUACAGGGAUUAAAUAAAAAGUGUUUCUUACGAUUACGCCCAACAGCCCACUUGAGCAAUUUGCCAUUCUCCCAUUGAUUCCUAUGAAUAUAGGAAACUUGUAUUUCUCAUUCACAAAUCCAUCUUUGUCUAUGCUGCUAACUCUCAGUUUGGUCCUACUUCUGGUUCAUUUUGUUACUAAAAACGGAGGGGGAAACUCAGUACCAAAUGCUUGGCAAUCCUUGGUAGAGCUUAUUCAUGAUUUCGUGCCGAACCCGGUAAACGAACAAAUAGGUGGUCUUUCCGGAAAUGUUAAACAAAAGUUUUCCCCUCGCAUCUCGGUCACUUUUACUUUUUCGUUAUUUCGUAAUCCCCAGGGUAUGAUACCUUAUAGCUUCACAGUUACAAGUCAUUUUCUCAUUACUUUGGGUCUCUCAUUUCCGAUUUUUAUUGGCAUUACUAUUGUGGGAUUUCAAAGAAAUGGGCUUCAUUUUUUAAGCUUCUCAUUACCCGCAGGAGUCCCACUGCCGUUAGCACCUUUUUUAGUACUCCUUGAGCUAAUCCCUCAUUGUUUUCGCGCAUUAAGCUCAGGAAUACGUUUAUUUGCUAAUAUGAUGGCCGGUCAUAGUUCAGUAAAGAUUUUAAGUGGGUCCGCUUGGACUAUGCUAUGUAUGAAUGAUAUUUUAUAUUUCAUAGGAGAUCCUGGUCCUUUAUUUAUAGUUCUUGCAUUAACCGGUCCGGAAUUAGGUGUAGCUAUAUCACAAGCUCAUGUUUCUACGAUCUCAAUCUGUAUUUACUUGAAUGAUGCUACAAAUCUCCAUCAAAGUGGUUAAAAAUUUAUAAUUGAACAAAAAGCGAGGGUGGUCUACGAUCACCGGGUGAGCGAUUUUAUAUCAAAUCAAUAAAGGCUUUCCUUUGUUUGAUUGCUCGUUAGCGCUUUAGUUUGAUUGCAGGAGCGAAAAAGGGCAAGGCAUCACAAUGACACCUGCGCCCUCAACAGCCCACUUAAUGACUCUCAUCUUGUCUUUCAGUUCGUCCAGCCGUCUUCUAGCUUCGACCAAAACCUUCUCAGGGUCCGCCUGAGGCGGCCUGGCCUCUUUUGCUAAUUGGUCUGCUUCUUUAUUGAGCUUUCGCGGGAGGACCCUUAAGAUAGCGCCCUUCUGUUUCGAUUCCUUUUUGGGAGAUCUUCGGAUGUCUUUUUGAUUAGAUUGAGGAGCCUUCUUUCUGCCCUGCCGUGUAUCCUGUGUCAUCCAAUGGAGUUCCUUAUUCAUGCGGACUCUUUCAAUCAAUACCAAUGGGAAGAGUCACAAGGGAAUAAGAGAAAGAGGAGGGAAACAGCCAGAGUAACACCUUCAUUGCGUUUCCCUACGGCUGACAAGUGGUAUCAGAGCCAAAGGUUAGGCCAAGCCAUGGCUAGUGGGAAGAACCCGUAGGCUAGUGCCGUCGAAGAGGCUCGACGGGAGCGGACUCGUGAUCGUGUGGAUCGCCUUGUUACACAACUGAAGGGACAGAUUUCGAGCGGCUUCUCUGGAGAAAGAUAGGCUGGUCAGGCGGACCAUGAUGGAAGGCCAAGGACAGGGGGUCGUGGAAGUGUUUCGAGCCCAAAUGGGUGGCCUGACGGACGAGGUCACCAUACUAAAGAAGGCCGUAAGCAGUGGCUCGACGGAGAUGGUUCGAAUCAAGCGAAACCAAAGGCAUUCGUUGGCACCCGAGAUGCUAAGGCGUUAGAGAACAAUGGGAUAUGGAGCGGCUUGUCGGACAACGUCCGAGGAGACGUCGGUGAAUACGGCUGCCAUGUAUCUUGAUGGUUCAGCCAAGUUCUGGUGGCGGACCAAAAGACGUAAAGAACGCGGAGCGUGAAGUGCAAUUAGAUCAAUUUGGGGGACGAGUUUCAGGCAGAAUUGAGGGUUCCUGCCCGGUUGUGGUCCGCCAUGUUGAUGAGCCUGAAGCAAACAGGCCCCAUACGCGAGUAUGUGAAGGCCAUCUCUUUCGUAGUUCUCCCUGGACAUUUUGGAUAUGACGGAAGAGGACCGGCUCUUCGAUUUCAUGAAGGGGCUCCAACCAGCGCCAAAAUGUCCCUUUACUUACUAGAUAGGGGGGGGGGCGGCACAGGCAGCUAGCCUGCGUCAUUGAAAGUACUUAGCCAGGGGGAGUCGAGACCAGGCCAAGGGCAAGGGCCUAAAGUCUCGAAAAGGCAAGGACUCCAAGAAGAAGCCAAGCCUAAGGCCAAGAACAGCGAGCUCAAGAUCAGGAGCCAAAGCGGACCGAUAAGAAAGAAGGAAGGCUUCAUCUGCUCCAAGGCAGAGCGACUGCCCUAAAAUAAAAAUGGAAACAGUGAGUUUCUUCCGGAUUAACGGAUCGUCCAACUGGAAAUGAUAACAGAAUGCAUAGGUCAUUAGAAGGAGUUCCAAUAAGCGGAUUAUUAUGGUAUACCACCUUACUUAUUUCCUCUAUGAGGGAGAAACACAAUUGAAGAAGCCAAAAAACGUGAGCGCCUAGCGCGAUACGGCUUUUUGGCCGUAUCUUGCUGGGCAAAACGACAAUGUUUGUUAGCCAAGGAAAAUGACUCGUGGUAAAGACAAGAUAGACUUUGACCAUUUAGGAAUCUUUUUUUUUUUGCUUAAGCGGCUUUCAAAUCUUACCUUUAGCAACGGCAGGAGUCUAUCGUAGUGCAAUACCUUUAACAGCCCUUAAAGUGUGCGAGUGGCCUCCGAAGGACUAAUACUAAUAAGGUAGUGAGAUUGAAAGGUCCGAAGGACUAAACUUCACCCAGUACGCAACUCGGUUUUCCGCCUGAACGAUCCUAGCGUACGGAAAAAAAAGAAGUUCAUUAGUCCUUGUAGUCAGAAAGAAGAAAGCCAAACAAGCCGUUUCACCCCUGACUAUAAAGCUUCUUUCUUGCGAGGAAGCCCUCCGUUACACUAGCCUUAAGCUAAUGACAGACAUAAGAAAGCAUUAGUCCAGGCCUAGAAAGAAGGGAAGGAUUAGUAAUAACAGAAAAGUCGUAAAGCCACGGUGUUCUCCUGUCGUCAAUCUUCUUAGUCGUUGUCUCCACUAGCUGUAGGGCGAAGAAAGGCAUUCAGCUAAGAGCAGCAGCAACUAGAGCAUCCCGUCUGAAGGCCGAGGGCAGGAAAGCAAGGCAAGUCUGAAGGCAGAAGCUUUAAGAGAUAGGGGAGGAACGGUAUUAGCUGUUUCUGUUAUUAGUGCCUUAGCGGGUGUUUCCCCUUUAAGAGGAAGCGAGAAAGCUUCAAAAGGCUAGUCCGAAAGAGCUAACUAAGGCCAGGUUAAGGUGGAGCCAGAACAGGUGGAUUGGCCAGAUAAGCUUUUAUCUUCUCGAAGUUGAAUCUACGGUCGGGCUACUACCAAGUGCGUAUCGCGGAAGGAGACGAGCCAAAGACGACCUGUGUGACAAGCAAGCUACGCACCUUCUUGUACUUCCAGCCAAGUAAGGAUUGGAACUGUUCAGCUAAAGCAAAGUAAGGUAUUGUGGCUGUUGAGUUAGAGCUAGUAGCUAGGGAGCUAAAGCGAAACUGGAGCAUCUGAUUAGGCAGCGAGCUUGACUGAAACAAACAGGUAACCCAGUAAUCUAAUCCUCUAAAUUUGUACCCUUAGCUUCAAGCUUCUAACACCCUUUGGAACUUGCAGCUAAGUAAAGGAGCUGUAGCUUUGCUGUUCUGAGUUAGAGCUCAAAGGCCGCUAUUCCUGAUCGCAGGAAGGAGUACGGCCUUUACUUAUCUGAGUAAACUAGCUACUCCAGCUAACCCUAACAAGCCAGCUAGUGUCGCUUUCCACAGCAAAAGAGAGAAAGUCGCAGCCCCCGCAGUAAGAUAUGGCAUUAUGAUAUUUUACUCGUGGUUCAAACUUGAACUGUACUUAAAGGGCAGGCUAGUGAAAGCUAAGUAGCGCAGUAGCUGAUGUGGAAGUAGCAGCUCGUGAGGUCAGCUAAGUCUUCUGGCAGCUAGGUAAGCCCGCGGAACUAAGGCUCGAAAGCAAAACCAGAAGCGAAGCGAACGGGCGGUAGCUACUUGCUUGUUAGAGGUAGCUUGCUUUGUUAGAAGGAUACACAGUAGGCUAAGCGAAGCAACUAGUUUACUUACGGUUUUGAUUUCCCUGCCUACGAACUACUACUGUGACUUGAACUCCUAGCUUGCUGGCUAAUUCAUGAAUUAAGGUUGUUUACUUACGGGUGCUAGUUUCUCUGUCAUGCGGGCCAGAGCUUUCACUCGUUACCCGGCUACUCACCUCAAUUCAGGUUUGCGGACUCGCUGUCCACACUUCUACCGCUAGCUGAACUAUGAUCUACGAAUAGCACUGAUCUACGAGCUCACCUUAUUCGAUCUCUUUUUUUCGUUCUUGAAACAUCCACUCCUAUACCGCUAGCCCGAACCGCUGGUUUGCGAACUACUACCGUAGCUCUCUUCCCCGUCUUGCCAUCUGUUUACCCACUCGAACAAAAGUUCCGUUCCACUCCAGAACUCCAGCUUGGCUUACUUCAUUCCCUCUUCGAGCUACCCUUCUAUAACAAGUAGCUAGCGCUACCUCUCUGCUAAAACAAUCUGAUUUACGAGCUAACCUUAUAGCAAGCUUCGCUACAGAUAAGCUAACUUGCUGGCUAGAGGGGACAGAACAGACUGAUUGAUUAGUUCUCCUGUCCCCAUAGCUUGACCUGUCAUCCAACAAUCUGCCUAAAGACAGCCAGGUUUCAUUUAGCUACAUUGGCCAUAGAACCUAACUGUAACAACUAUCCUUAUCCUCAAGGCAGUAGCGGUUCCGCACUUAUGUAAAGCUACGUACACAUUACUACCGGUCCCAUCGUUACAGAGUCAUACAAUGGGGAUACGAUCCAUCCCUAGACUACCUUUCAUUCUUACUAACCGGAUACAUCUAGCCACGGUCCUGCCACCACCUUGUUAUGAAGAGACAGUGGCGAUCAUCAACGAGCCCUGCCCACUUCUAUUCCUCUGAGUUUCAAUAAGAGAGGGAGCGGAUUCUACCAUCUAUUCUAGAUGCUUUAACAACCCCCCUCUCUCAAUUUGGUGGGUGGUCGGAUGGUUCAACGGUGGUAUGGUGAAUCGAAUCGGUACCAUGCAUGCCUCUCCCUCGUUCCCGGUGGUCGAGCUGAUCGUAGACCACCCUCUUGAUUUGGUAGUGGUCUACAAAGGCCUCUACAUACAGGGGUCGAGUAUGGGGAUUGCGAAUGUCAAAAUCAUUCUGAGUGAUGGUAAUUGGUUGGGGAGAAAAUAGACUUCCCACCAUAGCUUGCAAACCUUCAGGUGGAAUGGAAUUAGGGACGCUUGCUUGUGCUAGCCUUUGCCAGCCCGAUGGACUUGUGAAGUGGACAGAAGUUCCAUAAUCGAGAUCUGGGCAGGUAAAGGUUGUACUAGACAUGAGUUCUAUGCCAUCUUCACCCCAGCCCCUACUAACUGUACUGCAGAAUAAGCUGCAAGAUGAUUUAUUAAAGAUGAUCUAAAGUACUAGGGCAUACCCCGGACCAUCAUCAGUGAUAGGACCCUAGGUUCACUGGGAGGUUCUGGACAGAAGUGUUCAAACGGUUAUUGGAUCUGGGGGUCCAAGCUCAACUUCUCCACAAGCUUCCACCUAAAGUACGAGCUUCGUCCUUAGCCCGGAACUCGUUCAACGCUAGAGAAGUCAAGUAAGGAUGACUAUCUUUUAAGGGCUCGCUUCAUCGCUCGCUUGACUGAACUCGUUGGAAGAAGGGAGGCAAAAAAUAGAUUCCCGGGUAUAAGGAAUAGAGAGGGUUAGGAUCACGAGAUUUUAGGGAAAAUGAAGAGGAAUAAAGAACCUUAUUAGGCUUAGGCUUACAGCAGGAACUCGAAUAACACCGGACUAUCUCGACGAAAAGGCCUGACAAGGGAAGGAGGUGAAUACUCGAAAGCCAAAGAUCUAUUUCGUCUCGUCCCUUAGUCCCGUCAGUAAACAGUCUUUUUUUUUCUUCUGGCCCGAAGUCCCUUAGUUGAGUGCCGUCAGCCCUAUAUAGUAAGUGGGGGAGAUACUUCCUGAACCCUUCGUUCAGUCGGUAUACGUGUUUUAGGGUCUUAAGUACUGUAGCCGCCUCCCCGCUUUCUGUUCGUUCAGUCGCCUCACUAACUCCGUGAAGGAGCCCUCCUGAACUCGUUCACUUCGUGAACUGCUAACGGAAUACCGACUAAUGGACGAAGGACCUAUAGCUAGGAUUAGACCACACAGCUUGCUGUGAGAUGAGACCGAGACUAGAGGUUCCAACUCGAAACCCUAAGAGAAGAGCCCCCACUAUACAAUAAUCUCCCCGACGGUACAAUAAUCUAAAAAACUAAAAUAUCAUUUUAUAGACUAUACUAGCUACGUUCAUCUACUCCACUCGCUGCCGGAGGACAGACAGAAACUACUCUAGCUGGAACGAAGGCACGAGCCCCUACAAAUAAUCGAUAUUCGUCACUCUUUCCUGACGCCACAGCCUAUUUCGAGACUGGAAGGGCUGUUAUACUAGCCAGCAUUCCCGCACUAGUUAUCGAGCCUGUGGUGUGGGGGCGAGUCAAUAGUCAAUUAACAACGAGGCUGUAGUUUACUAAGAAGGACUAUUGCGACUAAUGACGCUACCCCGGAGAGAAGGAAGGCCACAAACAAGAGCCAAGUUGACUAUUAGCAACGCUGGAGUUUGGCUUGGCCGGCUGAGGGUUUUUAAUUCGCUUCUCUCUCUACUUUAACACUUCGUUCACUGCUGGCCCGGAGGUCUUCGAUCCUUAAUGCACUAGCCAGUUAGAAGGAUUUGAACUAUUACUGAACCGGCCUUCGAGACGAAAGGAACGAAAGCAGGCAACAUGAGUAUGCUACUUCCUGCGAGAAUGGCCCUCCCUACUACAGACUACGCUCGGAAAGUCGGUGAUAAGCAAGAAGAGAAGAGAAGAAUUUGAAAGAAGAAAAGAGAAGUCCCGAGAAGUACUUCACUUAGCCUUUCUCUAGUAGCUUCGCUACCUCCUUCCUCACUACGCUUCGCUUGACUUGAGUUGGGAAGAGUCAAAUUCAUAUUCUAUAAAACUCCCCGUAAUGCUUGUAUUCCCUUACUGAACGGAAGGAACGGUUCCCCUACUCGCUUGCUAAUGGACUAUAGCCGGAACGAAGGCACGGAUUAUAUACCAAGUCUUUCCUAUUCUCCUAGUCGAGCAUUGUUGCCUCGCGCCAGGCGGUAUAGUUUGUGUUCAGUUGACUCCGUCUCGAUAAAAUGUUGAGAGAUUGGUUUAUGGAUUCGCUUUCUUAGUCAA